CCAGACUGUAUUUAAACUCUUGUGUGGAGGUUCUAGUCUCUAAUGUCCCUCUCUGUCCUCAGUCUUUGUGGCUGUGGUCUGUCCCCUCACAGCUGUGGUCCUCUGGCCUCAGUCCUCAGCUCCUCCAGUCUCACACAUCUGGAUCUCAGUCACAACGACCUCCAGGACUCAGGAGUGGAGCUGCUGUGUUCUGGACUGAAGAGCGCCCCCUGCAGCCUGGAGACGCUCAGGCUGUCUGGAUGUCUGGUCUCAGAGAGGGGCGGGGCUGCUCUGGCCUCAGCUCUGAGCUCCGCCCCCUCCCACCUCAGAGAGUUGGACCUGAGCUACAACCAUCCAGGACCCUCAGCAGAGCUCCUGACCGCUCUACGGGACCAGCGCCCCCUGCUGUCUGUCAGGUUGGAUCCUGCUGGAGAGUGUUGGAUGGUCCCAGGUCCCAGAAAAUACUCCUGUGAGUUCUCUCUGGAUCCAAACACAAUUCACAGAAAACUCAAACUGUCUGAGGACAAACAGAGAGUCACCUGGGAGAAAGAGGAGCAGCUGUAUCCAGAUCAUGAGGACAAAUUCACAGACCUGACUCAGGUCCUGAGCUCCACUGGCCUGAGGGGGCGCUGUUACUGGGAGGUGGAGUGGAGAGGGGAGGUCGAUAUAGCAGUGGGUUACAGAAGAAUCAGACGGAGAGGAGCAGGAAAGGAGAGUAAGUUUGGAGAAAAUGAUCAGUCCUGGAGUCUACAGGUCAAUUAUGGACGAUACAGCAUCAAACACAACAACAAACGAAAAUACAUCUCUCCACAAGGACUUUCAUCAGAACAGGUUGUGCUCUCUGGCAGAGUGGGUGUGUUCCUGGACACUGAGGCUGGAUCUUUGUCCUUCUAUGAGGUCCUCUCUGAUGGAAAACUGAUCCAUCGCUACACCUUCACCUCCUCCUUCACUGAGCCUCUGUUCCCUGGGUUCAGACUGUGGUGGAAUGACAGUUCAGUGUCUGUGGCUGAAAGUGAAAACACAGUGACAUAAAAGAAGGACUCUGUGUAACUUUAUGACUUUGUGAAGUGUGUGUGGUGGGG